AUGGUGUAUCAGUCUCCCUGCCUGUAUCAGAGGGUCCCAGCCCCUCUUCCACAUCUCCCACUGUUGGAGUACUUCCAGCUCUGCCACACCCAUACCCAACCACCAAGCCGAGUGAGCUCGCCCUCCGUUGUUCACACUCUUCUCUUAAUCAGGGUCCUAGCGGCGCGUCCCCGCCGAGCUCUCAGCCCACAAAGCCCAGGGAUAUGUGUUAACUGGUUGGCGAUUGCCGCUCCCCGCCGCAUCCUCAACCUCCACCACCACCACCCCCAUCUGGGGGGAGGAUUGUGUGUCCAUGACAGGCGCACGCAGCGGAUCCUUUACCAAACCUCAAGACGCCGGAGUGUAGCACAAGCGCAGAAUAUUUUUUUUUACCUGCUGCAGUCAGUGUCUCUGCUGUUGCCACUGCUGCUGCUGCCGCUACUGCCUCCUCCUCUUCUUCCUCCUCCUCCUCCUUCUCCCUCCCUCCCCCUUCCUUUCUUCCGCCCCCUCCUUCUGCACUCCCAGCAAACUCCAGAGCCGGAAAACAGAUUUCUAUCCGUCUUGCAUUCGGGGAGAAGAACAUGCCAGAGGAAACCUGCUCUAUUUAGGAAGAAGCCGAGGACUCUCCAUCAGGAGAAGUCAAGCCGAGGACUAGCAACUCUUGAGAAUCUACACAUGCUACAAAAAACUGCUUACAGAGGAAUGGCAGGAAAGGACACCAAUGCUAUCUGCUGAGGGAGAUGGAAGACAACAGGAGCAACAAUGAACUGAGGAAGUAAGAAAGGAAACACCCAUGGGGAGCCCAGCCAUGUGCUCAGCUCAAAGCGGACUGAAGCUAUACUGCCUCAGAAGCUGGGGUGCUCAUUGCGAGGGUGUCAUUGUUUUCCAUGAGCUUUGCCAUGAAUUAUGUUUUCUUUGUCCUAUAAUUACAUACAGCUCUUCUUUGGGUUUCUUUUAUGACCUAUGGGCUUCUGGGAAAACACAUUGACCAAUGUUAUAGAAUGAGAUUCUCAUAUCUGAGGGAAGAAAGAUAAGGGAAAAAACAUCUUUUCAUCUGCAAGAUCAAAUCAGCCCUGAAAGUCACACUUCAUUAGUACCUUAUGCUUCUGGGGCCCUUCCUUCCCUUUGAUUGCAGGGUGGAGAAUUCUCUUCUUAGAACCUCCAUUUAAGGAGGGAGACCAGGUCAGCCAUCUUUUCAUUUCCCACCCAGUUGCCCUCCCUACUUCUCUAUCAUGGUUCCU